AGCAGUGUUAGGAGAGCAGUAGAGGACAAUGGAACGUUGGCAUAAUAAAGUGGCUGUGGUAACGGGAGCCAGUGCUGGCAUUGGCGCCGCCACUUGUAAAGCGCUGGUAGAAGAAGGCAUGAUUGUUGUCGGUCUAGCCAGACGUUUGGUGAAAAUGAAAACUAAAGUUUUGCCAACCAUCGCUGCUGACAAGCAACACAAUUUCCAUUGUUUCAAAUGUGAUGUGGGUGAUGAGGGGAGUGUUAAAGAGGCCUUUGAAUGGGUGCAGAGGCAAUUUGGUGGUGUAGAUGUUUUAAUUAAUAAUGCCGGUGUUGCGAAGUCAACCAGCUUGUUGGCGGAGAACAACUCACAGGAUAUAACAGACACCAUUAACACAAACGUUAUGGGUGUUGUGUGGUGUACGCGUGAAGCUUUCCAUUCAAUGAAACAGCGUAAAGUCAAUGGUCAUGUUGUUAUCAUCAACAGUGUGGCCGGACAUAAGGUGCCCGUUAUCCCUGGCAUGAGCUUAAAUAUUUAUCCAGCCUCAAAACAUGCCGUCACCGCUAUGACUGAAGUAUUUAGGCAGGAAUUUUCAGCAGAAAAGACUAAAAUUAAAAUCACAAGCCUUAGUCCGGGUGGUGUUCACACAGAAAUAAUGGGUGAGAAUGCUGAGAUGCCCGAAGGUAUGCCCAUGUUACAGUCUAAAGAUGUGGCCGAUGCGGUUUUGUUUUGUUUAAAGACUCCUCCUCAUGUACAAAUUCAUGAGCUGACCAUUAAGCCAAUGGGUGAAAUGAUUUAAAAUUUAAGAGCUGCUGCUGUUAUCACAUUGAGAGAUUAUGUUUUUGUUAAUGAAUUUUUAAAGGAAAUUAUAAAU